AUUGUUUUCCCUGUUAACGGACGCCGGGGAUACUAUCUAACCGUGCGUCAAUAGUACAUAACAUGAAUACGCACUAGCAGGGGUGACGGACGGAGAAACGCAUUGCUACGUUGUUAGGAGCGGGAGCAGUGUGGCGAACACACUAGAGAAACGUGAGAUCUCCGUGGACACGUGAGCAGUGUUCGGCCAAUCAGGAGUAGAAGGCGGGGCUUAGGUGCCGUGCAGUGUAGUGUGCUGAGAGAGCGGUGCGCACUUGGCUGGAGAUAGCCUGAGGUAGCGGUCGUGGUACAUUCAGUUAGCAGUUUGGGGGGUACACUCAGCCCUGGAACAACUUUUGCUCUGUACACACAAUGUUAGGGAGAUCACUGCAACAUUCUAGUAUCCAGGCAGAACCCCCAUUGUGUAUCUUGGCUACAGAGGAGGGUCGCAGAGGCUAAGCCCCCUCAAAAAUUAAUCUGAACCCCUUUUUACCUUCGCAUUUCUUUCAACUGGACAUCAUGAGUCAAUUUUGGACUUGAUUCCUACAUCAACUUCUACUGGACAGAGGUGUUUUUAUCUAGUACCCCUCUCUCCCAAAGUCUUAAGAAUAUAGUAAGAAAAUGGGGGUGAAUGCUGUUCACUGGUUCAGGAAGGGUCUCCGGCUGCACGACAACCCUGCCCUGAAGGAGUGUAUCCGAGGGGCUGACACCAUCCGCUGCGUCUACAUUCUGGAUCCGUGGUUUGCAGGAUCCUCUAACGUGGGAAUCAACAGGUGGAGAUUCCUGCUGCAGUGUCUAGAAGACCUUGAUGCUAAUCUGCGCAAAUUGAACUCCCGCUUGUUUGUGAUCCGCGGACAACCUGCUGAUGUGUUUCCUCGGCUCUUCAAAGAAUGGAAGAUCAGUAAAUUGUCUAUAGAGUAUGAUUCGGAACCAUUCGGGAAAGAGCGUGAUGCUGCAAUCAAGAAACUGGCCAGUGAAGCCGGCGUAGAGGUCAUUGUACGCAUUUCUCACACACUGUACGAUCUGGACAAGAUUAUUGAGCUGAAUGGCGGACAGCCGCCUUUAACCUACAAAAGAUUCCAGACAUUGAUCAGCAAAAUGGAGCCUCUGGAGAUCCCGGUAGAGACCAUCACAGCUGAGGUUAUGGACAAAUGCUCUACUCCAGUGUCUGAUGACCACGAUGAGAAAUAUGGGGUUCCUUCUCUGGAGGAAUUAGGUUUUGACACGGAAGGAUUACCAUCUGCCGUGUGGCCCGGAGGAGAGACUGAAGCACUGACUCGCUUGGAAAGGCACUUGGAAAGAAAGGCAUGGGUGGCAAACUUUGAAAGACCUCGUAUGAACGCCAAUUCCCUUCUUGCAAGCACUACAGGACUCAGCCCUUACUUGCGGUUUGGAUGUCUCUCCUGCCGUCUCUUCUAUUUCAAAUUAACAGAUUUAUACAAGAAGGUAAAGAAAAACAGUUCGCCUCCUCUCUCUCUCUAUGGGCAGCUCUUGUGGCGAGAAUUUUUCUACACGGCAGCCACAAACAACCCUCGCUUUGACAAAAUGGAUGGAAAUCCCAUAUGCGUUCAGAUUCCCUGGGACCGGAACCCAGAAGCCCUUGCAAAAUGGGCCGAGGGACGGACAGGCUUUCCUUGGAUUGAUGCUAUUAUGACACAGCUACGGCAGGAAGGUUGGAUCCACCACCUGGCGCGGCAUGCUGUGGCUUGCUUUCUCACUAGAGGGGAUCUGUGGAUAAGCUGGGAGGAAGGAAUGAAGGUCUUUGAGGAGCUGUUACUGGAUGCUGAUUGGAGUGUAAAUGCUGGGAGCUGGAUGUGGUUGUCAUGCAGCUCCUUUUUCCAGCAGUUUUUCCAUUGUUACUGCCCAGUUGGCUUUGGACGAAGAACCGACCCCAAUGGGGAUUACAUCCGGAGGUAUUUACCAAUUUUGAAAGGUUUCCCACCAAAAUACAUUUACGAUCCUUGGAAUGCCCCGGAAGCAGUGCAGAAAGUAGCAAAAUGCAUUAUUGGGGUAAAUUACCCCAAACCAAUGGUGAAUCAUGCAGAGGCCAGCCGUCUGAACAUUGAACGGAUGAAACAGAUAUACCAGCAGCUUUCCCGAUACAGAGGACUUGGACUCCUUGCAUCAGUGCCUUCAAAUCCAAAUGGCAAUGGGAAUGGUGGACUAAUGAGUUAUUCUCCAGGGGACACCAUGCCAUGUUGCAGCAACAAUGGAGGGCCUCAAAUGGGAGCCAGCGAGGGCAACUCUUCCAGCAAUUCAAAUAAUAACCAGGGAGAGAGUCAUUCUGGAACUGGAGGCAUGCAAGGUUACUGGCAGGGGAGCAGUAUCCUGCAUUACAACUAUGGAGACAGCCAGCAGUCCUACCUAAUACAAGCCAGGAACAAUAUGACCUCUGUUGUGUCUUCUGGCAAACGUCCCAAUCCAGAAGAGGAGACUCAAAGUGUUGGACCUAAGGUCCAGCGGCAAAGCAGCCAUUAACUUGAUGUCGGGAAUCGCAGAGUCACCUGAAACGAUUGACUUUCUCAGUAUUGGACUUUGUAUGUAAAUACGCCCAUUGAAAUAAAAUAAGAGUGCGGCCUCUUCUCUAAGGACUGUUGGGGACGGUUGUAAGCUCAUCGGUUUGUGAAAGCUUAAUUUAUUGCUGCAUUUCUAUUUUUAUCUUUUACACUAUUUCAGUAAGUUUUGUUGCAUUUUUUUGUACAUAUUUCUGUAAGUAUUUGGUGACUCUUGCUUUACCAAUGUGUAAAUAUGAAUAUCUGUACUAGGUAUAGACUGCGCAAUAUAUUUUUGAUAACAAAAAAUCUGUAUGGCAAGAAAAAGACUAGAAAAUCUGUAAACCUGUAAGAAGUCCAAUUUCCCCUUGUACGUCUGUAUAGAGUUGUACCCUUUAUAAGUGAUGUUGCCAUUCUGUAGUUGGACGGAUUCGGUAACGUCACCGGCAAGAGAUUUUACAGGUGGACACGUUGACUGAAGCAAUACUCGAGGACACGUAGCAGAGCUAUGCCCGCAGAGUUCCCUAUAUAUAUUAGGCAAUCUGUGUGCCGCCAUAUGGUGCUCCAUAAAGAAAAGUGUUAAGGCAUGUCCACAUAGGACAGAUACGCUGCGGAUUUGCUGCUGCUGAAUGGCCAGAGGCAAAUACAUCCUCACGCUCUGAAAAAUAAAAAAAAUCUUUGCAGGAUAUGACCUGCGGAUUGGAUUUGGAAUCCACAGCUGCUUCAUUUAUUCUGUGGAUUUAGACCAAGGAUUUCACUCUUGCACUUGGUGAAAUCCACAGCAAAAUUUGCAUCAAAUCUGCAUGCAUCUCAUGCAGAUUUUGGCGCAGAGUAGUUGGUUUGUUUCUCCACCGACAUUGUCCUCCGUGGAUGAACCCUUACAAAUACAAUGUCCAUAAUACAGCAUCCAAUGGAGCAUUCCAUAGUCUGUUACUUCUGUCUUCUCGAAUGCAUGUGAAUCUGACA